UAAUGUGAUUUGCAUCAAGUGGAAACCGCUGAAGACUACAUAUAUAAUGUCCUUGGGUUUUCGCUGACAUUUAUGAAUAAACACCCCAACCACUUUAGACUGUGACUCCCUCCUUUUUUUCCCCAAGAAUGGUGUCUCUAUCCAGGAUUGCUUUCGUCACCUUCGGGGUCAUUCAUGGGGCAAAUGCGUGGGGUGCAUUGGGCCACGCAACUGUUGCCUAUGUUGCCCAACAUUAUAUUUCUUCUGAAGCCGCAUCAUGGGCACAAGAAAUUCUCAACGACACUUCUAGCUCAUACCUAGCAAACAUUGCUUCUUGGGCAGACAAAUAUCGCCUCACAGAUGCCGGCAAAUGGUCAGCCCCAUUGCACUACAUUGAUGCCAUGGACAGUCCCCCAACAAGCUGCAACGUGGACUACGAGCGCGACUGUGGAGCUGAAGGUUGUUCAAUUUCUGCCAUUGCCAAUUACACCCUGCGCGCAGGCAAUAGCAGACUUAGCACUGCCAAUACCGCCGAAGCUCUCAGGUUCCUCGUGCACAUCAUUGGUGAUCUCACGCAGCCACUGCAUGACGAAAACUAUGAGGUUGGCGGAAAUGGUAUCAAAGUCACUUUUAACGGCUACAGUGACAACCUCCACGCGGAUUGGGAUACAUACAUGCCCGGAAAGCUGAUUGGCGGCGAUUCGCUCUCCGAUGCGCAAGGAUGGGCCGACAGUCUGGUCGAUGAGAUUAAUUCCGGCACCUACAAGAACCAAGCUAAGAGCUGGAUCAAAGGCGAUACUAUCGGUGAUACAGUCACCACUGCUACUCGAUGGGCGUCGGAUGCCAAUUCCUUUAUUUGUACUGUUGUUAUGCCGGAUGGAGCUGCUGCCUUGCAGACUGGUGAUCUCUACCCGACAUACUACAACUCUGCCAUCAGCACGAUCGAGCUGCAGAUUGCUAAAGGCGGUUACCGACUAGCUAACUGGCUUAACCUGAUCUACGAGCAAAAUACUGCUAAGCAUCGAUUAGGGAAGUCAGGAAAAGGGCUCCGAGAGGUAGCUCCUGAACCCGAGUUUGUCCGCGUGUCUCUUCGUGAGCCUCGUCAAAUGAGUCGCUCAAAUCUGGCUAGAGCUGCUAUGGGAGGAUCUUGCUGCACCUCAGAAGGGCGUGAGCAUAGCCAUUGAUCCGAUUGAAUUUGUGGAGAAAACAAAUGUUGUGGAUCUAGACGCUUAAGACCAGCCAUAUUUUUGUUCAGGGACUAUUAC